AUACAGUUUCGAGCGCCUGAGCUUCGAGCCUCGCCGGGACCCGUAGUCGGGCGAGAAAUGGCUGCGCCCUUGGCAAACCGCUCCGGGUUGUGAAGCUGUGGUCCAAGCGUGACGAGUUCUGGACCCGCAGUCACCUCCUCCCACACCGAACCGCAGGUGGACUGAAUGAAAACCCACAAGGUUGAGCUUCCCGAAAAUGAGCUUUCGGUUGGUGUUGCACAGCCUGUGCGGGCGGUACCGCCUCUUGCAGGGUUUCGAGCUGGGACCUCUCUGUCGGUUCGGCCCGGGUGUAACACGGCAGUGCAGUGCGGGCACGGCUCGGUCCGGCUGGGUCUCCGGCCUGCUGGCGCUCAGGUCCGGGCUGGACCAGGCCUUCGGGGCGAAGCGAAGAACCCUUUCUCGCUUCAGCAGGACGGGUGGCGGCGGCUCGCUGGCCCAGCCCGCCCGGGGCAUCGUGUCCACUAACGUGCCCAAAGACGUGCUGCUUUUCGAGCACGAGCGGACCGGCUUUUUCCGCCUUAUGGGCCUGUUCUGCGCCGGCCAGUUCGUGUUCUGGACGUACCUGGCCCACUUCGCCUUCACCAGCCUGCGGGACACGGGGCUCCGCGACGCCGUGAUCGUGGGGGAGGAGGCGCGGAACCUGCCCAAACUCGGCGGCGUGUCGCUCAACCUGGGCUCGGACAAGUGGCGGUACGGCUUCACCGGAUCCUGCCUGACCCUGGGUAAGAGCGUGGACAGGCCUGCAGGUGGACAGUCCAGUUCCUGUCCUGUGUGCAGUAACAGUGUCUGGACAGGCCAGUUCCUGGACUGUGUGCAGUGAUAUUGUCUGGGCAGCCCUGCAGGUCAGGUGGACAAUGCAGUUCCUGUCCUGUGUACAGUAACAGUGUCUGGACAGGCCUGCAGGUGGACGGUCCAGUUCCUGUCCUGUAUGCAGUAACGGUGUCUGGACAGGCCUGCAGGUGGACAGUCCAGUUCUUGUCCUGU